GUUCAACAAAAAGAUUCAUUCAAAAAGAGCCGCUCGUUCGUGAACGACCCAUCACUAUCCUCUACAUUCACUUAAACAAAGUGGACUGAAUUCGGACUAAAAGAACUGUUACUUAUAUCACUGAUAGCGGGUGAACUCAAGCCUCUCUUCAAUGAAUUACCUUUAAUCAGGGAUGGACUGCAUUUAAUCCGAUUGCGUAUUAGGUUACGGGAACGUUCCAGACACAAGAGGACAUCUCAUCCUCAUCCCAGACUGGAAACACCAAGGAUACACAGAGGAAGCUUUGAAGAGGGAGCUCUCAAUGAAGGAGACUUUUCAAAGUGCCUUAAAUCCUAAUCUGGAUUACCUCUUGUCUUUGUGCUGUCCUCAUAAAGAAACCAUCAGAGCCAGUCAGAAUGAUGAUGCAAGAUCUACAACUUCCUUCUCACACCCACAGAGGAUUAUCUAUUACAUUUAAUUAAACCACAACACAAAGGGCCAUAACCACCAUUUUACAGCGUAGAGCUACAACAAUCUAGAACACAGGUAGAACAAAGAAUUGUUCUAAUCUAUUCUCACAAGAUCUACAACCACCCUCUCACAAACACAAGUCAGAGCGACGGAGGCCCCCGGUGAAGAGUACAUCAUACUGCGACCAACUUCUCUUGACUGCUACCACUAGUUUGAUUCUGGUGGCCACGUGUGGUUCUUAUUCCUGGGUUGUCAUGGAAGCAGGCUCCACCCCCAGGAUCAAGGUGUAUAGUGCCUGGGACCAGGUGGAAGAGACAGACCAGGUGGAAGAGACAGACCAGGUGGAGGAGGAGGAGAAGGUGGGUUCGGCUUCAGAAGACCAUCUGAUGACCCUCAAAGCCCUGGCGCAGAAGCUGAGGCUGGAAACACGGAGGCUGUCCUACCUCGAGUGGAAGACCCUUUUAGAGGCCCGUAGCACCAAAGCCCUGAUCAUACCACAGCAGAGCACCAGGGACUUAGUGGGGCCAGAAGAGCAACGGCUAGUGUCCCAGAGUGAGGGCAGGUCAGACAGUCAGAGCACCAAAUGUCUGGCUGAACCACAGAUACAACAGGAGUUCCAUGCAGAGCGACAAGAGGAGCAGGAGAAGCCCAGACGACAGCCGGGGGAGACCAGAGAGAGCUUCCUGACCUCGGGUUUGAUCUGGAAGCACAGCCUGCCCUCUGGACUGCUGAGGAGAUUUAAGAACAUCGAUGAGGCUGUGGGGUGGCUCAGGAAAGAACUGAAGGAAAUGCCUCUCCAGGACCAGCAGUUGGCCCAUCAGCUGAUGCGUCUCCAUAGCGACAUCAACAAACUGAAGAUCGAGCAGACGUGUCACCAGCACCGCCGCAUGCUCAACGAUGCCACCUACGGGCUGGAGGAGAGAGAUGAGUUGAGUGACCUGCUCUUUGACUCCCCCGUCACCCCCGGGUUCGGACUCUCAACCCCGCUGAGACUCAUAGGGGUCACCAAGAUGAACAUCAACUCUCGCCGCUUUUCCCUCUGCUAGCAGUAGAGAGAGAGAGAGCUCUGUUAGCAGUAGAGAGAGAGAGCUCUGUUAGCAGGAGAGAGAGAGAGCUCUG